GGCCGGUCACAUCCUGCUCGGGCGGCAAUGAAGCGGACUUGGUGAGCCCCACCGACUCCGGUGUAUCUCUGCUCCAAUGACCAGUCAAAGUGCAGAAGGAGCAUUCGGGAUGGUAUGGACAACCUCAAGUUGGGAGCAGAGUGUGUAAAUGGUGGAAGGAGUGCACACCCUUACAAGCCAUCCACCCGUCCGUCAGGCACCUCCUGCCCCAUCUGUGGGGAAGUCUACAGUUCCCACAUUGGCCUCAGAACCAGCGGAACUGGAGUAGAAGUAUGUCAUCCUUGAUCCUGAAGGAUUGCCUGAGAAGAAGAGAGAACGACAAAUGAAAAACUGGAGCCUGACCAGAGGUGGAUCUUGGGCAGAUACCAAAGGUUGCUCACAACAGAAGCACCACACAAUGGAUCGUCAUUCAGGGUAUUCUGGAGAGAUGUUUAACCGGUAUGUUCUUGAGGAUGACAAGUCAGUAGUGAGCCAGAUGCAGAAGAAGUACUGGAAGACAAAGCAGGCACUCAUCAAAGCAACGGGAAAGAAGGAAGAUGAGCAUCUGGUGGCUUCUGAUGCAGAUUUGGAUGCAAAGCUAGAGAUAUAUCGUACAAUACAGACAUCCUGCAUGGAGCUUCUGAAAGUGAUUGAGAAAUAUCAGCAGAGACUCAAUUUUCUAUCCCAGGAGGAGAAUGAGUUGGGUAUGUUCUUGAAGGGACACAGUCAGCAGGAUAAAACACCAGCGGGGAAGAUGAUGAAUGCUACCAGCAAAGCCCUGUGUGGGUCUGCAAAACAAAGACUAGCUUUGCGUGUUCCAUUACUUCGACUGGGACAGGAGGUGGAAACGUUCCGUCGCCGGGCAGUGUCCGACACACAACUCACUGUGAAUCGGAUGGAACAGACUCGGACCGAGUAUAGGGGAGCGCUGCUCUGGAUGAAGGAUGUCUCUCAGGAAUUGGAUCCCGACACAUACAAACAGUUGGAGAAGUUCAGGAAGGUUCAGGCCCAAGUGCGGAAUGCAAAGGCACAGUUUGACAAGCUAAAGAAUGACGUGUGUCAGAAAGUGGACUUGCUCGGAGCAAGUCGUUGCAACCUGCUCUCCCAGUCACUUGCUGCUUAUCAGAAUACACUACUUCACUUCUGGGAGAGAACAGCCUGUAUGAUGUCUCAGAUUCAUGAGAGUUUCAAGGGCUAUCAGCCUUACAAAUUUACCGCACUUAAGAGUUUACAGGACCCUUUUGAUCAUCUGACCAGGGAGGAACUUGACAAGAGUAAGGAGAAAGAGAAGGAAUGCAUAUCAAAUGAAGUAGACAAGUUAGUGCUGUUGGAUGAAGAUGUCGAACCUGGAUCUUCUGAAGGGAAACAGAGUGAAGUACCAGUGAGCACUGCCGGCCAGGAUCUCUCACAGCUACAUGCACUGGAACCUGCCAGCGACAAAAAGGAUUUCUACGAGACGGUGCCCAAGGACCUGCUGGCUGACGUGCUAGAGAGCGAUGAUCUGGAGAAGCACGAGCUGACGUUCUUGAAUGACUUGCUGAACCCAAACCCCAGUGCAGCCAGUGACUUCAGCCACGAGUGGCAGAGCACGUUCGAUAGCUCGGGACUUAGUCCGGGCCCCACGAUGGAAGGUGCUGACCUCAAAGCAGCCGAGGCUCCCGCGAGUUUCCUGCCAUCCCAGCUCUUUGACCUCAGCCACAACACAGCAGGAGCUUUCAUUGGUUGGACUGAUCCACCCAAACCACAGCCAGUGCCACUUCCAGUCCCACAACAACCAGAGCCAAAAGUACCAGCACAUCCAUCCCAGAACCUACCAAAGAUCCCAUCCAAAGCUGACAAGAGCAACACACAGGACAAAUCAGCCUGGUUUAAUCUGUUUGCGGAUCUGGAUCCCCUCUCCAACCCUGAUGCCAUAGGUCGAACAGAUGAAGAGCUACUUAAUGCUUGAGGCUGGAUUGUGGAGGAGGGGGACAAAGGAUAUACAGUAUACAAAUGUUAUACAGUACUCAAUUGUCUCACUGCUGCAGUUACUUAGUUUAUGUUUACCAAAACACUAAGAAUAUUAAGAAAUGAAAUUGGAAAGUAAGGGGCAGGGGAGGAUAAAUGGAAUGUUACAAAUCUGCUAAACUCCUGGGAUGUGGUGUCGGUGACGCUAAUUUCCUGCUCAGUUUCCUGUACUGCCAGUGCUGCUGUAAUCCCAGAUCAUUCUCGUGUGCACAGCUGUUUCCCAGGGGUUCACUGGGUACACUACAGGUCCUGGGCUGUGUGAGAGGGCCACGCUUGUACAGUGACCCACAAACAGCCCAGGCCAUUCCGCUGGUUGUGGAGGGACCGCUUGCUAAAGAUGGUAAUGAAGGAGAUCACCUGCAUUCUUCUCAAACUGUGCAUUAAAGUACUGCUGUAAAAUACCAAUUAUAACACUGGAGUUCUCUUUGAGAAUAAUGGUCUUUUUAAAAGAAUGAAUGUCAGAGGUGUUCUUUGAAUGUACAAUUACUGUCUAUCCCUGAGUUUUGUCUGUUUGCCUUUAACACGUGGACUGAUAAUUUUUAAGAAGUGUGCAGUUUAUAUUCUAUUAUGCCCGAAUGCUUCAGUUGUACCUCAGUAAGGUGUUCCAUUUGGCACUGGCGACAAGCAGCCUUUCACAUUUUCCCCCUGUAUCUACCUCAUGGCAGUUAUUCUAACUCCCAUCAGCUGGAACGGUGGACUAACUUCAGUUACUUGCUGCUUGUAAUUUUGGCGGUAGUUAGUUAUUCCUCCCUACUAAUCUCAGUGUUCAUAUUGUGGCUGGUUAGGUGCGACUUCACAACCUGCCAGAUCUACUGGAAAAGGAGCAACCAUUGGGAAAGAUGCAUCUGUGGGAAUAGUCACCAUGUAUACAGCUUUGGAAGGUGGCAGAUAAUUCUGGGGGUUAAAAAUAGCAUGCUGAACUGUUUGUACAAAUAAACCUUUACCUAGGGUCCAUACUCCUGUUCCAAGUUUGGGAUGUGCAAUAUGCACAACUAUCUUUGUCCUUCAGGCACACACUGGCACUGUAAGGGCAAGGGUACGGAGCUAAUGCAUGGUAGUCCCUUGCUUCUUGGUAUGUGUUGGAUCAUCAGCAAUGGAUGAAUAUUGGAAACUUCAGUUGAAACAUGAAGUGGAAUUUGGUAUUGUGAGAUUUUCAAUGGAAUAUAUGCUUAUAUGGAGAUAAAAUCCUUUUAUCGUACAAAAAAGCAGAACUGUAUCUUUCCAAAAGAAAGAGUUGAAGUUGUUAAAUCCCAUGCUAAAUUACAAAUAUUAAACUGACAAAGAUUUUGUUUCAUGGAUUGAACUGUAAGCUUGUAAAGGGAAACUGUUAGUUCAAAGAUUGAAGGUAAAGCCUGGCUUUAUACACAGUACAUAGCAACACUGAAUUAAAACCUACAAUUAUGAACAAGAUGACUGUUGGAUUAGACUGAGCUAAACAGACUGGCAGGUCCUUGGUCAAGUUUUACGGCUGGGGGAAUGAGUGCAGCUCUCCUCAGAAGUAUGCCUUAGGUCAUGGAUAAAGAUGUAUAUUUGAUUGCAACAUUCCUGGUACCAUGAUCUUGUUUACAUCCAGCAAAACUUUGUCUACAAGUGGUGAUAAAACACAAUGGACACUUCCUGCACAAAUGCCUUGGGUAAAAGCCAAAAUAACACUGGAACAUAAAUCACAUCACAAUUUUCAAAUCAUGUAAUACACCUCCUCUAAGCUGGUACCAGAGAAAUUGAGAUUCAGCAAGACCAGGACAACUAGUUUACUUUCAAGGAAUAAGACCCAUUAUCUCUGAAUAAAAUUCACCCUAACCCUCAGUGCUAAAGAAGCCUUCAUUUCAUUAUUGCCAUCCAUUAGGUAUUUGUUCUUUUGAGGGCACUUUUUUUUUAAUAAAACAGUUCCUUAGCACAAAUAUAGUGCACUCCAAAUAGCAAAGCAGUUUAACUUUGCAUAAAACUCUUAGCAAAUGUGGUUGAGCUAGCAAGCUCUCUGAAUCACCCUAAAGAUUUGGCCAGCUGCAGUGAUGAAAAUAUUUAAGCAGCUAUACUAUAAACACCAAUUGUUUCACUGGAUAGAUCUACAAAGGGCUUAUGCAGUCCUGCACAUCACAUUGCAAAUAGUUUCACCAUGUCCAGACCCAAAUGUAAACACAAUGCUGAUGUGCAUUGCUUCGUGAGUGUCCAGGAUGUUUCUCACUCAGCAGUUCUCUACCUUGGCCUAUAUGUCACUAUUAGCCUGGAAUGGGAAGUGGUCAUCGGUACAGCUGCAAGGCUUCCCUGCUACUCACCCCAUGUCACCCUCCUGUGUCACAAUAAAUAGCAGCUACCUGAACAAUGCACCAGUGCCUACAGCUAACAAUGCGUAAGAAUUGGCAAAUAAAUGUUCAUGCUAUAUUUAAUCUAUUAUGUGCAAAAUGAUAGUAAUUCAAUGGACUAGUGGAGAAAAAUGAAUAGAUAGUCAUUCUUCAUACACGAUAGAUUAAACUUAAGUCAAAUACCAAUUAGAACCCCAAUGCUAGAAAUUCUCACUGUAUGCUCCCAAAUACUUUCUAGAUAUAUUCAUAGCAACAUGACACACGUGGAACUGUUGUUUGCAUGGACAAUUGAAGCCCGUUUCAAUUGGGGAGGUUUUGUCACAAUCAGACAAGUUGUAAUUUCACAAAAAAGGUUCUUAACAUUUUUUUCUAAAAAGUAGCAUUUGAGCUUCUACACUGGAUAAUUGUUUGUACUUUGUACUGAAUGGAUAGCUGGAAACUGCCUCUUCUAUUAAAAACAGUUUCUCAA